AUGACUGUGAAACUAAACUGCAUUGCCGAUGUCUGUUUGAUACCAAUUGGAACUCCAACGCCCUCUGUGUCAAAAUAUGUUGUGGCAUGUGAGAAGCUAAUACGCAACAGUGGAUUGACGAGCAAACUACACAGUGCUGGUACCACCAUUGAAGGCCCAUGGAGUGAAGUCAUGGACUUGAUUGGUAAGCUACAUGAAGAAGUUCACAAAAUGGGCAUUCUCCGUGUACAGAGUGAUAUUAGGGUAGGUACAAGAACUGAUAAGUCUCAGACCAUGGAGGACAAGGUGAACAGCGUCGAGACCCAGCUUUCCGAAAAAUGA